AUGUCUGACUACUGGAUCGUGCGAGCAUCCUACAUAGUCAGACUUGGCAUCUUCGAACCUCCUUCGACGACGCAAGCAGACGUCGGCGACAUCAUCCUAGCCCCUCCGCAGCCCUUUCCAUCCGCCCCGCGCUCCCAAAACGAAUCCCCCUCUACCCAAUAUCGUCACCCACCUCCCUGCAUGCCACAACCAACACCUCCCAAAAAUAAAAAUAAAAUGCCAUCCGCAGCCCCAAACACACGCUCCCAAUCCCCAGAAACCGCACCUCCCAUAGCCACAGCCCCAGGCCCACGCGCACAAGCCCUCCAAAACAUCUUCACGAACGCGCUCGACGCGACAUUCAAGAAAUGCAACUACAGCAAUUUUGCAGACUGCUUUCCCACGACGGCGAAAUACAAGCCCGAGAACCUGGACGCGCUCCAUCGAGACUUUGUCGCGAGGCUGGGCGAGCAAUGCAAGACCGAAUUCGAUAAAAUCGUUCAGGAGCGAAACGUCACGCCCGCGCUCAACGCCCUCGACGACCUCCUCGCCGACGCACGCAAACGCAAAGACCGCGCUGCCACAUCCACAUCUACAUCCACACCCAACGCAUCCGCCCCAAUCCCCCCACACACCCUCUCCCCCUCAACGCUCUUCCACGCCCACCUCCACCCCUUCCUCAGCACGCACGCCUCAAGCCUCACCACCGAGAUCGCAGACGUGCAAGCCGCAAACAAAGCCCUCUUCGACGACGUCAAGGGCCAGAGAGAAGAGAUUGCGGCGCUGCUGAGGGGCCUGGAGGAGCGCGUGAAGGAGCUUGAACACGCGGCAGAGAUUAUCGAAGAGGGUGGAAAGGGUGUGGAUGUGGAUAUUGAGGGGGUUGAGGAGCGCUUGGGUUCGCGCGAUAUCAGUCAUGGAAGAGGUCAGCGAGAACGAUCUAUGUGGACUACCGAGAAUAACACCCACCAUCGACACAACGCAGUAACGACGGAAUGGCCGAGACAGCAAGGCGAGAAUCCGCACACGAGAAUCAAAUUAUCGGCAAUGAGCGAACUCGAAUACCACGACCGAACCCCUCUCAUCACAAGCGCAGAAACAGCACGAACCAACAAAUCACACGAACACGGCGCAAGGGAUACGAUUCAUCAAAUGCAAGAUGGUAAUCUCAAAUCAUCACAUCCAGCAAUAAUCUGA